CUGUUCAAAGCGUGGCCAGAACUGCUCUUGGAUGUCGAUGAUGCUACUAGCACAGAUUGGAAUGGAUCGUAUCCUUGGGAUGACGAAAACCGGCCCAGAUACGUGGAGGAGGAAUUGUCAUUGAAUCAAGCGUGGGAGACUCAGAUUCUGGCGUCGAGGGAUCUGAACUCGAUCAAGAUAGCUGCGAAGAAUAAUUGCUUCCGAAGUAUUGUCGAGUUGGAUCACCUGAGACGGAGGAAAUAG